AUGAUCGGAAAUGCUGAAGAGUACUGUCAGCUGCUGGGCAUUCCUUAUCGUAUUGUAUGCAUUGUCUCUGGCGAGUUAAAUAAUGCCGCUUCAAAAAAACUCGAUCUUGAAGCUUGGUUCCCAGGAUCAAGUGCCUUCAGAGAGCUUGUGUCUUGUUCAAAUUGUUUGGAUUAUCAAGCUCGUAGGCUGAAAGUCCGUUAUGGAAUGACCAAGAAAAUGGAUGGAGAAGUUCCAUUCGUUCACAUGUUGAAUGCAACGAUGUGCGCAACUACCAGAGUUCUUUGCGCUUUGUUAGAGAACUACCAGACUGACGAUGGUAUUGUUAUACCCGAGGUGCUACAUCCAUUCAUGCCUGAAAAAUACCGCAAAUUUAUUCCAUUUGUUAAACCUGCUCCUAUAGACGAAGAUGCAAAAAAGAAGGCAGGAAAAUGA